CGUUAAACUGGAGAAGAGGUAAUUAAGUAUGGUACUCGGGCAUGAUGUACACAGUACUGACUCCAGCUCUCUGAUUUUAGGUUCCUCAGAAGACGAUGAGGUCAUUCAAGAAGGUCUCCUCAGGCUCAGGGGCGAGUAAAGGUGGAGACGAGCCCGGGAAGUUGCCGGAGCAGGAAGAAGAGGAGGAAUCCCAGGUUUUGCACGGAACCGGCCAUUGCAAAUGGUUCAAUGUGAGAAUGGGAUUCGGGUUCAUCUCCAUGAGCAACCGAGAAGGAAGCCCCUUGGAGUCGCCGGUUGAUGUCUUUGUACACCAAAGCAAGCUUUACAUGGAAGGAUUUAGAAGCCUAAAAGAAGGAGAACCAGUGGAAUUUACUUUUAAGAAAUCUUCCAAAGGCCUUGAAUCAAUACGGGUAACAGGCCCUGGUGGGAGCCCCUGUUUAGGAAGUGAAAGACGACCCAAAGGGAAGACAGUACAAAAAAGAAAACCAAAGGGAGAUAGAUGCUACAACUGUGGUGGCCUCGACCACCACGCUAAAGAAUGUAGUCUACCUCCGCAGCCAAAGAAGUGCCAUUACUGUCAGAGCAUCAUGCACAUGGUGGCUAACUGCCCCCUUAAAGCAGGCUCGCAGCAGCCCACCAGUUCUCAGGGAAGACACGAAGCUGAGCCCCAGCCUUCCACUUCUGCUUUCCUGAGAGAAGGAGGAGGGAUGCACGGCUACUCCUCUCCAUCCUACUCUCAGGAGGGCAGGGCAGAGAUCUCGGAGCGCUCGGGCAGGUCGCCGCAGGAAGCUUCGGCGAGUAAGUUGUCAGCGUCGCCCGAAGAACCCAGCAGGAAGGGGCCUUCUGUUCAGAAAAGGAAAAAAACUUAAAGCAUUUCUCAUCACUUUCCUUUUUAUCCUCUCGGGAUGUCUACCUCAUGCAAGUACAGGGGAAAACGAUUUCAUUCUCAGUAGCUGACCUGGAAAUUUUAACUACUGUGGAGGAACUGUGAAUUGUGUUUCUUUUCCUAGACAAAUCACUCCGAGCGAAGUCCGUUUGAGCAGGGUGCAUCACGUUUGACCUUCUCUGGGUGUGUGUGUGAGCGUGCACGUGUGUGUGUGUAUGUGUACACAUCUCCCCCCCGACCCCCACCAGCCCACUCUCCAGCUCCCACCAGACGUUACUGUGAAGCAAUAGGCACAGCAUCCACAAAGCUUUCUGAACCCCCUCCCUACAACCUGUGUCUGAAUGCGUUCAAAAAUAACGAGGACAAACAAGGAAAACCCCAAGAAACCUCCCUCAGAAACACAGCUCAACCUGGCAAAUCACACACAGAACUGAGAUCAAGACUGUUACUUCUCUUGGGAACCAAAGGAUACUUUCAGAUUUUAAAGCUGCCAUAUGGUACUAAAGAUACUAAGACAUCCCCACCACCACCACCACCACCAAUUUGAGUUCUUUCCUUUCUCAUCUCCACAAAAUAACCCAGUCCCCCCUCCCCCUGACUGUGCAGAGCAGUGUGCUGACUCAACACAGCUCUGGUUGCCACCGUCCUGUGUUGGGGAGGAGUUGAAAGCUCCAGAGAAGACAAUGAAUGUGUAGUUGUGUGCUGGUUUCUCAAGAUGUGUUGUUGAAUUAAUGUGUUCUUAACUGUGAUUUAGGUGACUGUUGUGUAGGGGAGAAUGUGUAACUGGUCGCAGAGCCUUUUGAGUGGUGUCAGGAUACCAUCCUGCUUAACCCUUUGCAUUCUAUGGACAUGUAGGGGACUUUAGUGGCAGUAUAGCAGCAGCAGCAGCAGCAGCAGCAGCAGCAACUUCUCUUGGUCCCAAGCAUUGCCCCUCAGUGUGAAGGGACUCUCCUCCCUUUGUUUUCUGUUGAAACCUCAUGGAGAGAACUCCCUAAGGAUUUGUGUUGUUGUCUGGUUUGGUUUUAAAGAAAACGAACUGUGUAGUUCAUGGGAUGCUGGGAUAAAUGGUUUGUGAAGAAGAGAGGCAGAUGGGUAGUUGGGGCUGCUCAGCCAGCCUCUCUUGCUGAUGAUGUGCAGGGGCCUGCUGCAGACAAGCCUGAGUGAGGGCACCUGUGAAUUUGCCAGAAGCCCUAAGCAUCAUCUGCUGCCCGUGAGCUGGAGGCUGUAGCUGCCCAGCCUGGUCCAGAGUGUGCUGAGACCACACACUAAAGAGAAGAGAGAGUGGUGGCCUCAGAGUGAGACUCCCUGGGCUGCAGCCCUUGCUCGGGGUUAAU